AUGGACGCCACGCGAGUGAAUUCAUUUGUUUAUAAACAAAAUGCAGCAGGUUUUCAGCCUUUCACAAGCAGGAACACAAUUUCUUUCCUAUGCCAAAGACUGACUGCGUUUGCUCUCCUGCUUUACUUCUACCGUGAAGGAUAUUUAGGCAAGAACAUGUAUAGUGAAUUACUAAACUCAACCAGUGCCACUGAAGCUCACCUCAUCAUUCAGACCAACACGCCCUACCUGAGCAGCACGCCGAGACCCGUGAGCUCCUCCGCUCUCUACAUGUCCACAGCCCGGGCGUUAAAAGAAGGGGAAAUAAAUAAGCCAGACCUGGUGACUUACAUCAUCCUGUUUUUCUUUCUGUUCUUGACUGUGACAUUCAUUGUGCUCUUCAUUAACUGCCAGCUGAAAAACUCUUUCUUUGCUACUCUUCCUUACGACAGAUCGCUCAGAGAAGCCAAGAGCCCAUGGAGAACACAAGCUGUCUGA